CGCGCGUCCCGUGACUGUGACGCCAGCUCGGCGCUGUUUCCGGGCUGAGGGGCUCGGUCUCCGUGACGCAGCUCGGUCGGUGCGGGGAAACGUGCGGGAUGGAGGCCGUGCCGAGGAUGCCCAUGAUCUGGCUGGAUCUGAAGGAGCCCGGGGAGUUCGCCUUCCAGCCGGCUGUGAAACAGUUUGUGCUGAAGAAUUAUGGGGAAAACCCAGAGAACUACAAUGAGGAGCUUAAGAAGCUGGAUCAGCUGCGCCAGAGUGCGGUUAAUGUGCCGAGGGACUUCGAGGGCUGCAGCGUGUUGCGCAAAUACUUCGGGCAGCUCCAUUACCUGCAGAGCCGUAUCCCCAUGGGAUCUGAGCAAGAGGCAUCUGUCCCUGUCACAUGGACAGAAAUAUUCUCUGGGAAAACUGUGACUCAUGAAGACAUAAAGUACGAGCAGGCGUGUGUGCUGUACAACCUGGGCGCAUUACACUCCAUGCUGGGCGCUAUGGACAAGAGAGUGUCGGAAGAGGGCAUGAAGGUUUCCUGUACUCACUUCCAGUGUGCGGCCGGCGCUUUUGCCUACCUGCGGGAUCACUUCGCUCACUCUUACAGCGUCGAUAUGAGCCACCAGAUCCUCAACCUCAAUAUUAACCUCAUGUUGGGUCAGGCUCAGGAGUGUCUAUUGGAGAAGUCCAUGCUGGAUAAUAGGAAAAGUUUCCUGGUGGCACGAAUCAGUGCCCAGGUUGUGGAUUACUACAAGGAAGCCUGUCGGGCCCUGGAGAACUCAGAGACGGCGUCGCUACUGGGGAAGAUACAGAAAGACUGGAAAAAACUGGUGCAGAUGAAGAUCUACUACUUUGCAUCUAUAGCUCACCUACACAUGGCAAAACAGGCAGAGGAGCAGCAAAAGUACGGAGAACAGGUUGCCUAUUUACAGAGUGCGCUGGAUAAACUGAAUGAGGCUAUCAAGCAGUCUAAGGGUCAGCCUGCAACUGUACAAGAAGCCCUGAGGUUUACCAUGGAUGUCAUAGGGGGAAAGUUCAAUUCUGCUAAAAAGGACAAUGAUUUUAUUUACCAUGAGUCGGUACCGGCGCUGGACACCCUGCAAGCAGUGAAAGGGGCUCCCCUGGUUAAAGCUCUUCCAGUGAACCCCACCGAUCCUGCGGUCACAGGCCCAGAUAUUUUCUCCAAGUUGGUACCGAUGGCGGCUCACGAGGCCUCCUCCUUGUACAGUGAGGAAAAGGCGAAGCUGCUGAGGGAAGUCAUGUCCAAGAUAGAAGCCAAGAACGAAAUCCUGGACCAGUUUACGGAUUCUCUCCAGCUGGACCCAGACACGGUGGAUAAUCUGGAAAUGUACAGUCACAUCCCGCCUGCCCUAAUGGAGAAAUGCGCGGCGCUCAGUGUGCGGCCCGAUACGAUCAAGAGCCUAGUCCAGUCCAUGCAAGUGCUCUCUGGGGUGUACACUGAUGUGGAGGCUUCUCUGAAAGACGUUAAAGAGAUUCUGGAUGAACAUGAGAUUCAGGAGAAGAAGCUGCAGGAAGAGGUGGGGAAGCAGCCGGCUCCUCCGGCCCCUCUGUCCCCUUCCAUUGAGGAUGUGAGUAAAGAAUGGGGCAAGUACAUGGAGGUGCACGAGAAGGCCAGCUUUACUAACACCGAGCUGCACAAAGCCAUGAACCUGCACAUCAGCAACCUGAGGCUUCUCAGCGGGCCCCUGGAUCAGCUGCAGCAGCAACUGCCGGCCCCCGUCCUGACUGAAGAUGACAAGGCCGUGCUGCAGAACCUCAAGAAGAUCCUGAAUAAGGUGCAGGAGAUGAGAGAGCAGCGGCAGUCACUGGAGCAGCAACUCCGAGACACCAUCCAACAGGACGACAUCACCACCUCGCUGGUAACCACGGACCGCUCGGAAAUGAAGAAACUCUUUGCUGAGCAGCUAAAGAAGUACGACCAGCUGAAGGUCUAUGUUGAGCAGAACCUGUCUGCCCAGGAGAACAUCCUGAAGGCCCUGACAGAAGCCAACGUCAAGUACGCGCCAGUAAGGAAGAUCAUCACUGAGGCCGAGCAGAAGUGGAACCACACGGUGCAGACCCUGAUCUCCUCCUACGAAGCAUACGAAGACCUGAUGAAAAAGUCCCAAGAGGGGAAGGAUUUUUACUCGGACCUAGAAAGCAAAGUGGCCAAACUUGUGGAGAAAUCCCGGGCGGCCUUUGAUGCUGCCCAAGCCAACCGGCAGCAGGUGCUGGAACGGGAAUUAAAGAAAAGACCCCCACCGCGACCAACCGCCCCUAAGCCUGCCUUGCAGAAGAAACCCUCUGAUGUUGACCUUGCCAGCCUUCCCCUGUCUGACCUUGCCAGCCUGCAGCACUCGCUCUUCUAUUCUGAGUUACCCGAGGAGCUAAAGAGUCUGCCCCCGGAGGCCCUACUUGCGCACCUUGACAGGUUGUCUGCAGAUACACUCGAUGCGUUUCCUCCGGACCCCACGUAUGGUGGGACCAAGCCUACUGGGGUGAAUGCCUACAGACCCAGUAGGACUGCCAGUGCUCCUGUGGCUGAUCCACACUCAGUGCCUUUUACCCAAAGCCCCCACUUUAAUCCCAUGCCAGGACACACCCCACAGUACGGUGGUGUUGGGUACCCAGCUAACGCUUUCCCCCCUGUUAUGUACAACGGUAACCCUCAGCUGAGCCAGUUCAAACAGUCGGCUCCUCCCCAGGCAAAUGUUCCCCAAGCGCCAGUGUCGUCGUCAUCCCCACAGAAUCCUCGCAUGUAUCUAGCAGGAGCCAUGGGCAGGGUCCAUGUACAGCCAGAAGCUGUUCCCAUGCCCCCUGCUUAUGCCCCUGGCACUAUGCCACAGCAAAGAGUCUCCCCGCAGCACGUGCCCAUGCCAGCUACAGCAGCAGCCCCUGUGGCCCCUCAGUUUAACACAGGAGUGGGUUUUGCAGUAGGGCAGCAAGUUUCAUCCUCUGGAGUUUUACCCAAUGCAGUGAAUUAUUCAGCAGCGGGUUAUGCUCCUCAAGGUAGCCCACGGAUCCAUAGUACAGCCCCCGUGAGCGGCUUGCAACCGCAAGCAGCACAGGGAAUCCGCCCAGCAACCACCACUGUGAACAGUAUUCAAGGUCCUAUUUCAAGCUACACGACUCCCAGGCUGCCUGGGCCAAACCAGACUAUAACUCCAACGCUGCCCCCAAUCCGUGCGCAGAGUGGUUAUAUGGCUCCUCCUGUACACUCAGCAAUGGGUCAGCCUGCUCCAUAUGGCUGCCCUCAAGGGGCCGUCCCACAGUACCCUCAGCCGCCUCGACCCAUUUUACCACAUGCUCAGCCUCCGCAAUUGUUUCAAGCCCCAGGGCAGACUCAGCACAGACUAGAUUCAGCAAGGCCUCCAUCUGUACCUAAUCAGCAGCAGUAUGCCCCUCCUCCACAGCCUCCAUUUUCUGCUCAAAUGAGGCCACCUCUUAAUCACCCACAGCCUCCCAUUUAUCAGCCUCCUGUUGUGCCUCAGGUAACUCCGGUGCCAGCUCAGCCGCAUUUUCAGCAGCAUUUUCAUCAUCAGAAUCCUUUCCCAGUGCAACCAGGGAUCCUGCCUCUUCAGCCUGGUGCCCAACCCCAUGUCCCACCACAGCUAGGACCUCAACGUUUUCCUGUGGCUUCCCACGACAAGCUCCCUCCACAGUCUCUUCCUCCACAUUCUGCUGGUAUGAACUUUCCUGGAACAGUUCCCAGACCUGCAGCCCCAAUGGCACAACCCAUCCCUCCUCCUAUGUGUCAGGCAACACCUCAAAUCCACCCUCACCCUGCAGCAGUAAGCAUGCACUCAACGCCUCCUGGUCUCAAUGCACCAAUCGCCUCAGCUAUGCCCUUUGUUCCUCCGGCAAGACCCACCGUUCCCCCUCCAAAUAGCUUAGCCAAUCAGAUGCCUGCUUUAAACCAAAUGCCUAUGGGUGGACCUCAAGCUACUCCCGCCAUCCCCCACCACAUACAAGCUCCCAGUAGCCCAGCUAUGAGCCACUUACCAGGGGCAGUUAUUGUCUCAGGGGCUGCAGCUAUGCCAUCUCCAGCACCAUCUCCUCAGCCAUCUUUAGUUCUGCAGUCUCAAACAAGCCUUCCUACUACUGGGCCAGCCACUGCUACUAUUCCACAAAGACCACCUCCUUCACUAACACCAGGAACCACACCUUUAACCCAAGGGUCCGGUGAAGUCGUUUUUCAGAGGCAAAGCUCCUCCACAGACGACCUUUUGUCUUCAAGUCCCGAGAGCCAACAUGGCAGCUCCAAGACCUCAGUUGGUCAGCCAUUGUUGCAACCCACCAAAGCAGACUUAAAGGAAGGGCAGAAACCCAAGGCAAUUCAGCUGAUUGAGAACGACCCGUACGAGAAACCAGAACACGUGAUGAGGCUGCUGUCGGAGCUGGACCGCUUCAGAGUGGUAGUGGAAGCUUUAGAUAAACCCGUGCCCGGUGCAUCGACCCAACUGGACUCCAUGUGGAAGGAAUUUCAGGAGGCUCAAGAGAAGGAGGCCAGACAGCAAUCUAUUGCCAUUGCUCGCUGCUACACCAUGAAAAACCGCCACCAAGACAUCAUGCCUUACGAUAAGAACCGCAUUAUCCUGCAGUCGGGGAAGGAUGACUACAUCAAUGCCAGUAAGAUCGAAGAUCUCUCUUCCUACUGCCCAAGCAUCAUUGCCACCCAGGCUCCGCUUGUGGGCACGGCUUCCGAUUUCUGGCUGAUGAUCCACGAGCAGAAGGUCUCCUUGAUUGUUAUGCUGGUGUCCGAGCAGGAGAUAGAGAAGCAAAAGGUUUUGCGCUACUUUCCCUUGGAGCGGGGCCAAGCCAUGGUGCACGGGCACAUAUCCCUAACGCUUACCAGCCAGAAAGUCACCGACAUACACGUGGAGAGGGUGCUGUCCCUGCAGUACAAGGACCAGAGUCUCAAGCGCUCCAUCAUUCACCUGCAGUUCACUUCAUGGCCUGAGCUGGGUCUCCCAGAUAGCAAAGGAAACUUGCUGAGAUUCAUACAGGAAGUGCACAGCCACUAUCUGCACCAGCGCCCCCUACAUACACCCAUAGUUGUACAUUGCAGUUCUGGCGUGGGGAGGACGGGGGCGUUUUGCCUGAUGUACGCAGCCAUGCAAGAGGUGGAGGCUGGCAAUGGCAUCCCGGAUCUAGCGGAGCUUGUUAAGAAGAUGAGGCAGCAGAGGAAAUACAUGCUGCAGGAGAAGAUCCACCUGAAGUUCUGCUAUGAAGCUGUGCUAAAGCACGCAGAGCAAGUCCUGCAAAGGCAUGGCGUCUGCACCCCGUCCUCCAGCAAGCCUCAGCACAGCACCCCACUAAAGCUAUACACUGUGCAGGACCCACAGGACAUAGUACUUGGGGGGGACAUGCCUAUCAGCUCCAUUCAGGCUACGAUUGCAAAGCUGAGUAUCAAACCCUGCCCGGGGGGCACAGAGAAUCCUGCUUCCUAUCAGCUGCCGCCUACUCUAGAUUCCUGGGCCAAUGAGCCAGCGACUAGUAACGUAUUGCCGCCGGAGGUUCCCUCAAGUACCCCUCAGCCUGAUCUCACCCCCAUGGCAGUUAGUAUGGAGUAUCAGCCAUCACAGACUCUGCCCCCUGCUGCUGCUAAUGGGAAUUCCGUCCUCUUAACGGAAAGCGCAGCAGACGUGUCCAACCAUCUCCCCAUGGCCGCCGGAGAGGCGGUGCCAAAAGCAGAGCCGCCCCCCGUUACCUCGACCACCGCCUCGUCCUCUUCUCUCAACCUGCUGGCCUCCCUGACUGCCGAAGCCUUCAACCUGGACAGCGCCCAGAAGGGGAAGCAAAAGAUGAGCAAGCAAAACUUUUUGCAGCCACAAAACGGAGGAGGUUUGGUGCGAGGGAGCAUGGCGGCCGACGACCCACUGAGCAUGCUCGACCCGCUCUGGACACUGAAAUAAAUUCUAAUGGGAAUGCGGGUUCAGCCGCGGCUUUGCCUUACAUGCAAAUAGGGACUUGGUUACCAUUUGUAUGGGGUUGUCUCUUUCCCCUUCAUCUUAGUUGCAUUCCAGCUCAAUGCAAUGUCAGCUGAGACGCUUGUAUUUGGCCCUGUCCAACCCGACGGUUAGUUGGGCAGGGCGAGUCGGAGCUGGGGGCAUACUACACAGCAGCAACACUAACACCCAUGCCCAUAAACACUUGGGUCAGACAGUUUUUUCUGGUCGUUAUACCCCUGGGCUACCAAUAGACUUGAUACGUGGCUGCCAAAUGGCUUCUCCAUGGAAAGAAGUUGUGUGUGUGUGUGUGCAAGGCCGGGCCCUGGUGUAACACAAAUGUGUACAACAUGCAUGUCCCAUUGGCUGCUAUUAGUAUCAUUGGGGUCUUCCUGCAACAGACGGGAAACAACACUAACUGUUCAGUCUGAGCUAAAAUGUAGCACUUGUGUGUCCUUGUUGCAGUUCUCGUGGUCUGUCCCCACCGGCCUGGGUAUUUUGUGGGCUGGUAUAGUAAGAAUAAGGGUGCGGAUAUGUGGUCCUUUGGGGACCAGUUGUUCGGCUUUGUGUUAUAUUCCUUGCAAGCAUUAAUCAUGGAUUCCUGGGUUUUUUUUUAUACCAUUCACAUUCUGGGGCACCCUAGUAUGGGACUUUAACCUUGGCUACCAUGGCAACGAGCAGAAACCUGUCACUCAAACACUAUUAUAGUGAGGGAAUUUCAACAAGAAUGUAUCAAGGCUAAAAACAUGGCUAUAAAUGCUGUAUAUUAUAUACUGAUCCUACAGUACCAGCCCAGAGCCCUAUAGCAGUAAUGAUCCAAUCACAGAUGCCCCCAGCAGCCCCCCAUCUUGGAUCUUGUUAGGCCAUUUAUGGUGUGCCAAUGGCACUGCACAUGCUCAGUGGGCUCAGCUUGGGACGUGAUCAAACCAUUAGCAGAAAGUGACAUCACUAUUGUAUUAAAGGGGUUGUUCACCUUCAGAUUAACUUUUAGUAUGUAGAGCGUGAUAUUCUGAGACAAUUUGCAAUUGGUCUUCAUUUUUUAUUAUGUGUGGGAUUUCAGUUAUUUAGCUUUUUGUUUAGCAGCACUCCAGUUUGGAAUUUCAGCAGCAAACUGGUUGCUAGGGUCCAAUUCAACCUAGCAACCAGGCAGUGGUGUGAAAGAGAGGCAGGAAUAUAAGUAGUACAGGGCCUAAAUAAUAAGAUAAGUAAUAAAAAAGUAACAAUAACAAUAAAACUGGAGCCUCACAGAGCAAUAGGUUUUUUGGCUGCCGGGGUCAGUGACCCCCAUUUGAAAGCUAGAAAGAGUCAGAAGAAAAAGGCAAAGAACUCAAAAACUAUAACAAAUAAAAAAUGAAGACCAAUUGCUAAGAAUAGACCAUUCUAUAACAUACUAAGAGUUAACCUGAACCCCUUUAAGGGAUGGUUCUACGGGGCUGAUUAUUGUAUAUAUAUACUGUAUAUUGUGGGUGGGUCCAGCGCUAGGAAUCAGCAGAAGAGACGCUGGGGAGCUGGGGGGGGGGCAUUUGGGCUGGUACAGAACCCCAAAACAAUGUGUAGCAUUUCUAUUAUCCUGCACCUCUGUUGAGGGGAAGCAGUUUUAGGGCGAUAGGUGCCCUUUGAGCUUUAGUUCUGCUUUACAUUGUCCCUUUAAUGCAACUAAAUCAGAUAACUGUAGGAUCUGAAUCAGAUUGUACAAGGGAUAUUCCAGGAUUAAGGGAGCGGGGGAUUCACUCAAGGGUGGGGCAGAUAGCAGGAGGUAGGGCAGAUAGCAGAAGGUAGGGCGGGUGGGGUAUUUCCAUGAGAUAAUUACACAAUGUGUAUAUUCACUGUACAAGAUGGCAAUGGUUACUCACACUAUUUAUUUCCACAGGACACAGCUAAUCUGUAUACAGUCUAUCAGUAAUACAGCUGUUGCCCCCAACCCAGGUCAGUGGUGUUCUUUGCCCUUUUACCCCAUUGCUCUGAGCCCCUGAUUGGAGCAGAAAUGUAAUUGCUGUUAUACACCCUGUAUCUUGCCCGGAGUUGUGCCCAGGAGAGAGGUACUAACAGAAAAGGUCCCCUCUUUUCUUAUCUCUGCAUGAAGAGCGCCCCCUACCUCCAUGGUGAAGAUGUGUGGGACAUUAACGGGGGUGUAGGAAUUCCCAGGAUCCCACCUAGAGCUGCUGGGAGUUGCAGUUCAGCCACAUUGGGAUGGCUGGCAGGUAUACUGACCCCUGCCCCGCACACUCCAAAUUAAAAGGGACCAAACAAGGACAUAGCUACUGGGACUGGCGACGUUGCAGAUGGUCUUGUCACUAAGCCUUUAACUACAGUGGGGCAUGGGCCGUGUCACUAUAGUGUAUAGCUGGGGGAGGAGCUUAAUAUUGUUUUUAAUUCUUUUAUUAAAUAAAUGAUUGUUUCAUCCUA